GUUAUCGGGCUGCCAUACGUUCACUCACACACGGUGCUCGGUGCGCUGUAGGUUCAACGUAUCGCCCAAAUCAACCCCGUUUGUUUAGUGCGAACAGUUGAUGUUAGCUAACGCAGCCAUCGCGGCUGUGAUGCUAGCGUGUUAGCCGUGAACAUUACCGGGGCGAAAAGGCGCACAAAUAUAACGCUAGUGUUGUUGUAGUCGUGGCAGAAAUACUUUAUACAGGGCGUUGGGAGGGUUUCUGAUUCACUUUAUAUCAAGAGGAUAAGUUAUUUUAAUAAAUUCACCCAGCUUUAGCUUAAUAUUAGCUAUUUCAAGCAAAUGUUAUCAGGGUUAGCUCUUGUGCGACGUUCACUGACCUAGAAUUAGCCCCAGUGAUGAUGAAGAAGAAGAUGAUGAUGAUGAUGAUGCUUAAGAGCCACAAACUGGGUCUUCUCCUAAAUACAUAGCACAAAUGAGUCAUGGGGGUCCAAGUCAUCCAGCUCACCUCUGAUUCCCACCAUGAAAACCUCCUGGCCUCUCUGCACAAGCUCAGGCUGCAGGGCCACCUCAGUGAUGUCACGGUGCAGGUGGACUACCAGGGAGACAUGCAGGAGUUUCAGGCCCACCAGGUGAUGCUCGCAGCGUCCAGUGGUUAUUUCAAGAAGAUCCUUCUCUCCCAGGAUGCCGCCCGAGACAAAUUGUCGCUCUCAAAUAUGCCCUCCAAUGAUUUCUCCAGGUUUUUGGAAUUUAUCUACACUGGCAGGGUUGAAGUCGCCAGAGACAAGAUUGGUGAUGUCCUUCAGGCAGCACAGUUUCUGGACUGUGAGGACCUGGCGGAGGUGUGCGGUAGGGCCAUGAGUGCCGGCAUCCUACAAAAUCCUGCAAAGAAAACGUCUGAAUCGAAGGUUGUCAGUAAAGAUGACUUGUACACUGCCACGAAAGAAAAAAGGACCAAAGGGAAGAAGCAGCCUAAAAGCCUAGUUCUUAAGAGGCAACUCUCUCCCCAGAGCUCUGAUAAAGAAGUCAUCUCAAAGAGAUGUAAGACGAAGAACACUGUGAAGGAUAAAAAGAGACAAGGGGGAAAGAUGUUAAAACUGAGCCUGGCUGGCAGUAAAGUCCUCCAGCGGCGUCUGGAUCCUAAAAAAGAGGAUUUUAACAAUGAAAACCAAGUUAGCAAUGUAGACACAGAUGAGAAUGAGUGCAGGACUGAAGCUGAGGCUCAGCCAGAGAAUCAGGAAGAGAAAGGAAGUGAGUCAUUGACGGGAAUGCUGAUCUCUGAUGAUUGGGACGGUGAGGGGGAUGAGCAGAGUAAUGAUGCCAGAGACGCCUUGUUGUUAUCUCUGGACGAGGAGGAGGAGGAUCGCGACAACGAUGAUGGAGAUGAAGACGAUGACGAGGGAGAGUCCAAGGACACAAUGAAAAGGACAUCCAGGGCCCAGUUCCAGUGUAAUAAGUGCCAGCGGACCUUCCACUAUGAGAGAAGCUACUUAAAGCACAUCAGCACGUACCAUGGAGUGAAAGCAGAUGUCAUCUAUCGCUGCGAGACCUGCCAGCAGACCUUCGCUAACCGCAACAACCUGAAGAUCCACGAGAAACACGUCCACAGUACUGAGAGGCUCUUCACCUGCGACUCCUGCACGAAGACCUUCAAACGGAAAAAGGAUGUUGUCCGCCAUCAAAGACAGGUGCAUGAACGUAACAAUCUGCGACACGUCUGCUCUGAUUGUGGAAAGUCACUCAGCUCUAAAACCGCGCUGUCAUUGCAUGAAAGGACGCACACGGGCGCUAAGCCUUUCGAGUGCACCGACUGUGGAGCCCGAUUUACCCAGAACUCUGCCCUCAAGAUGCACCGCAGGACUCACACAGGAGAGAAGCCAUUCGCAUGUGACGAGUGCGACGCCCGGUUCACCCAGAAGCACAUGUUGGCCUAUCAUAAGCGAUCACACACAGGAGAAAAGCCGUUCAUGUGUGAAGCGUGUGGGAAGAGCUUUGCAUCCAAAGAAUACCUGAGACACCACUCAAACAUCCACACCGGGUCCAGGCCGUACAAGUGCGAACAAUGUGGCCGAGGCUUCGCUCAGAGGAAUUCCCUCCACCAGCAUUUAAAAAUACACACAGGUGAGCGUCCGUACUGCUGUAAAGAUUGCGACAAGCAGUUCACCCAGCUCAACGCCCUCCAGAGGCACCAGCGCAUCCACACCGGGGAGAAACCCUACAUGUGUGGCCUCUGCAGACGCACCUUCACAGACAAGUCCACCCUUCGUAGGCACACGAUGAUUCAUGACUCAGACGCUCCCUGGAAAACCUAUCUUGUGGUGUUGGAGGGAAAUGUGGAGGACAAGAAACCUAAAACCCCCAACAAGGGAAAAAAUGAAAAAACAGGAGCAGGGGAGAAAAAGAGCACUACGAGGAAAAGUGGUGGUUCUGCUGCUGCUGGUGGUGCUGCUGGUGCUGGUGGUGCUGCUGGUGCUGGUGGUACUGAUGGUACUGAUGGUACUGAUGCUGCUGGCAGUCCUGCAGUCCUGUCGGGUGAGCCCGUCACUAUCCCCUCUGAAUGGGCCGCUCAUGGGGCCAUUGCUCUGGUCAGCCACGGCUCCCUUGGAGAGAUUACUGUCAUCCACACCGAGAUGCCACCUGGUACCCAGAUCCAGCCCAUUGGGGCCAGUGUCAUCUCCUUAGACGGCUCAGCCAUCCCAUUCUCCAUUCCAGUGUCCAUGGCUCAGCCUAUCCCCUUGACCUCUGAAGCGUCCACCAUCUCUCUGUCUGUACCCAGUCUCUCAGUUCCUGUUUCUGAUGGCGCGCUGGCGUCAGUCUCGGCGAUCCCAACGGUUUCUACAUCAUCCGUGCUGGAAGCUGCAGCCUCACAGACCAUUUUGGCUCCAGUCUCAGAGACCAAAGCCACUUCUGAGACUGAGAUUUUGCCGCCUGAUAUUAAGACUGUGAUUGUCGGUGAUGAUGUUUCUAGAAAAGAAGGAACAGCUGCUGGACAGCAGAGAACAGAAGACAGCCCAUUAGCUAAAUCUGAAGGGGCUGAAGCUCCAGACGUUGUGUAGAAAAUGCAUGUGAACACAUAUCAUUUCUUCUGAGUGUAGGAAAUUUAAAAUCACAUCUGACUCAUUUUAUUUUGGCAUUAGCAGUUUCUGAAUGUGUUCUGACCAUGUGGUGUUUCAUCUUUAUCAUGAUCUAAAGUCCAGUGUUUUAUUAACAGACUUGGAUUUGAUGAUGAGUGUUUGUCAGACUCGUUUCAAAUGUCAAGGUAUUUAUUAAAAAAUCCCAACAAAUUGCUUGCGUUUUAGUCAUAUGCUUUUGAGACAUAAGGCAUUAAUGAGAUAGUAG